CUUAUCGCCGGAGUUUUUUUUUUUUUUUUUGCUCUAUGACAACUUCCUCCCGGAAAGGGCAACGCGUUAGAUACCUUCUGUUUUCGCAAAUUAUGUAUAAGCUAAAUUAAUUAUUUCGGGACAACAUGAUCAUCGGAUUCUGUUUCAUCAUUGUGUUUGCGGUGCUGAUAAACAAAGUCUCUCUGCAGCUCACAGUAGAGGUCACAGUAGAGGGUUUCAUCGGUGGUUCUGUUCUCCUGCCGUGUUCUUCAACUCAACAUGAUCUUAAACUUCAAGACACUGAUGUGUUUUGGAGAAACAAAGCUAGUCAGUCUAUUUAUGAUUUAAUUAAAGGUACAGAAUCUUUAGAGUCACAGCACCCACGGUAUAAGAAUAGAGUGCAAACUUUCCCUGACGAGUAUAAGAGAGGAAACUUCUCCAUCAAACUCAUCGAUCUCACUCACGCUGAUGAAGGAGAGUUCAACUGCCUCAUCACACCCUCAAAUGAACGGCGUACUGUACAACUGAUCAUCAAAGAAUCAACAGAUCAAGAAAACCAUGGACCAGAAACACAAAUAUUAGACUGGUGGAAGAUAUUACUGAUCUGUGUUUUUACUCUAUUACCUGUUUUCGGUUUGUCCUAUUUCAUAUUUCAGCAGAGAAAAAGAACUCAGGCUCCCAUAUAGAAAGAACAGUAGUAAACUUAAAGUUGCAUUAGCCUCACUUUCUCAUUUUCUAACUUUAUCGCACCUUUAAUGUUACUUUUAGUCAAAUUUGUCCCGCUUUCAUUGUUUCUUUCUGGUGUAUAAUACUGCUAAGGCCUCUUGCACCUCAUGUGUUAGCAGUGGAUGUUCUCUGGCAUCCAUUGUAACUAAUGUUCUCAUCAGAAGUGUUACUGGCAUGUCUUGCAAAAUCACAUUUUAUGUUGCAGUUUCAGUGAAGCACAUCUGAUGCUGUGCUCCCCUUACAGUGUGAAAAAAGCAUUACACUGUUUUGUGCUGUGAUAUUCUUUGUGUUGACAUGUAUAAAUGGUAUGCUCUCAUUUGUAUUUGUAUUUUUGUUGUUGUUUUUUUUUUGGACAGGCAAUCCAGUCACACUGUGAAAUGUCAUGUGACCUAAUCAGUGACUGAAUGAAUGCACGUGUGUUUUUUUUUUUUUUUUCUGUUUUAAUAAAAAUGCACCAGUCAGAGCGACUGUGCGGUUGGUAAAGACGUAUCUUCUCGUCUGUUAUUUAGCGUACUCUGUCAACAGGUUAUGGGCCCAGAGCAAGGUAUACAAUGUUUUGAGUGUUAAGACACUGGGUGAAAGUCGCGACGGAUAAAGCGUGUACCCGAGUCUUUCAACAUGAGAAGAAGAGAAAAAGAAACUGUGACAAGCCGAUGGUCUCGUUUAAUCUUUGAUGGAGAUGAGAAAAACUAUGAGCUAUGGGAGACAAAGUUUUUGGGACAUCUUUAUAUGCAAGGACUGAAAGAGACUAUUUUAAGUGAGUCUUUUGAGGAAGACGAGCAGAGGG